ACGCGCCCUCGGGGGCGGAGCCUGUCCCAGGCGGAAGGGGGUGCGCGCCUGGGGUCCCCAAGCGAAGCUCCCAUGGAUGGGGCCACGGUGGCCGGCGACCUGCUGACUUUGGGGUACGGUGCCCUCCCGGAGGAGGCGUCUCGGGGCCUCGCGUGUGCGGACUUCAGGGCGCUGUGCGCGCGGCUGGCGGCCGAGCUGACGGCUCUGGGAGCUCUGGAGAGGCAAGAGGAGGGCACCGUAGUGCUGGGCGCUGGCCACGGCCCGGACGCAGAGGACGAAUUCCUGCGGCAGUUGGCCGGCCUGCUGCGGGCGUUGCACUGCCCGGAUCGCGCGCUCUGCGGCGGAAACUGCGCCGCUGUGCUGCGGGAGCCCGGCGGCGGCCUGCGCCUGCUGCGGUUUCUUUGCUCGGAGCUCCAGGCUGCCCGUCUCUUGCAUCUGCGGCUCCGGCUAGAUGCUAGCCCCGUGCAGGCCACUGGAGAAGAGACAAAAGAGGGAAAUGGCUUGGUUCAGGAGCUGAUGCUAACUCUUCAAGCACUGGCGCUGCCUAGACCCGUACGUGGAACCCUGGCCAGCCAGCUACUUCGGGAGUUUCACGACAAGGUCUCUGAGCUGCUGCCUUCCCUGCCCCCAGAGUCCAUGCAGCCCCUCCUUCACUCCCCACUGGACACAUCACAAUGGGAAGCCCUGGGGUCUCUGUCCCAAAGCCUGACAGAACAGUACUGCUGCCGCCGCUGCCUCCUCCUGAAGCGUCUGGACCUUACAACGUCUGCUUUCCACUGGGGUGACCGGGCAGAGGGCAAAGGAGAGGCUAUGAAGGCAGUGCUGUUCCCAAUCCGAGGACGACUGACUCCAGAAUCUGAUGUCUCUGUCGCACAUGUCCUGGCUGCUCGAGCUGACCUUUCCCGUCUGGUCCCAGCUACCAGUGUGGCUGCCCGCCAAGGGACCAGCUGUGCCAUCAACAAGGUGAUUAUGGGUGAUGUGCCAGACCGUGGGGGGCGCCCAGAUGAGCUGGAGGCACCCAUGCCUGCCUGGAAGAGCCGAAGGGAAAAUGGAGGAAGCGGGAAGGCUGGCCCACAGCGCUGGGGUCGAAGAAAGAAGAAGAAGUAAAGGGCCUUGGAGGGUCGGUCGGAUUCUGCCAGGUUCUGAUGUCACUGGCCAUCUUUGAGGGUCACUUCCUUGGCACCUAAGCCCAGCAUUCUCUGUUGUAGAAGCCCUAAACACCUACCAUUCAACACCUUGAACCAUGUUGUCUGGAAAAUAAAUUUAAUUCUUUUGAUCAU